AUGACCAUCCUUCUGAUCUUGGUUCAGAAGAUUUCAGGUGGCCUGUUCAGCUAUGGCAAGAGCCAAGAGUCCUGGAGUCCAUGCUAGCUUUACCAUGGUAUGUGCAGAAAUGCCUGCAGGAAAGAUGAAAUUCAGUAUUUAACCUGUCAAAAUCAGCAAAAGUGCUGUCUGAAACUUCCCAUGAAAACAGUCAAUUCUAACAAAAUGAAGGUGGAUUAAGACUCUGACACCAACUUGUCCAUGACAAACACUUCAAGCUACUCUGAAAUUUGA